UUGCUGAUAUUUUUGCACCCCCCUCCAAAAGAUGUCAGCAUCCCACUGUCCUGAUUGUCCCGCAGAAAUCCCGUAGCCCAGACCAGUGGAACACACCACACGACCACUGAGUUGCCAAAUGCAACAAAAAAUGUCAUGUCCGAAUAACAUAGCGCCCGGUAACUUCCUGAUGGAUUCCUUAAUGGGAGGAUCAUCUUCCUUCAGGGGUGAGGGUUACUCCAGCAGCCCGGGAAUGUACAUCCACUCAGCCGCAGAGUACGGGUAUUCAGUGAUGAGAAACAUGGGCAAGAUGGGACCGUCGCCCCUCUCCAAGCGAGACGAGGCUCCUCCGGGCGCCCUGGCGCUCAGCGGCUUCCAGGACGGGCCCUACCUGUCAGCCCAGCUGGCCGCAUGGACCCCAGCCUCCAAGAGCAGCAGGGACGAGCAACCUGUUGCCCAGUGUUUACAACCCUGCUCGUUUCCAGCGGGGAACGUCAAAGAGGAGGCGUUUUGUUGCCUCUAUCAGGAUGACAGCAAUAAGGGGAAACACACAACAGAGUCGGCCACUUACAUCCGGCUGGGGGACAAUAGCUGCCGGCCUCAAGCUGCCGCCUCGUCCGGCGGCUGCUUCCAGGUGUACGGCGGAGGGAGGCCGCAGCAGGACGACCCGCAGCACUUCCCCUCCGGCUUCUCGCUGACACACUUGGCGACAUCUGUUGAAUCAGCCCCGGCAUCGACCCUCAGCUGCAGCACAGCGGCGCGGGAGGCAGCGAGGAGAGAGGCUCCAGAGCCAGAGACAGGGACAGGGAGCCCGGGCAGGAAGGAGGAGAAGGCCAAGAGUGACAGCUGCUCAGAGAACUCGGACGAGGAAUUCAAAGAUGAUUUAUCCGCGGGGAAGACGAUGGGGAGCUGGUUACAAGCCAAGAGUGGCCGGAAGAAGCGGUGUCCCUACACAAAGUACCAGACGCUGGAGCUGGAGAAGGAGUUCUUGUUCAACAUGUAUCUGUCUCGGGAGCGCCGCCUGGAGAUCAGCCGGAGUAUCAACCUGACCGACAGACAGGUCAAGAUCUGGUUCCAGAACAGACGCAUGAAGCUCAAGAAGCUGAACAGGGAGAGUCGCGAUAGGGGGCAGGGUGCAGUUUACAGCUACUCUUGA